AUGGUUGUAUCAUGUUGUGUAAUAGGCUGUGCUAAUCGAUUUGAUAAGAGUAGUCCGAAAAGCUUUUACCGCAUACCCAAGAAGCCAGAAUCAAGAAGAGAGCUCUGGAUAUCUGCAAUUAAGCGUCAACACAGCAGUGGUAAACCAUGGGAACCAGCGGACCACGACCGUGUUUGCUAUCUGCAUUUUGUUACUGGUUUGAAGAGCAAUGAUCUGUCAUCUCCUGAUUAUGUGCCAUCUGUGAAUAUGGGAUAUGACACAAUCAGACAGAAAAAUCCAGACCUACGAAAGGCAAGAUACUUGAGAGCAGAAAAGCGUGAAACAGAGAGACAGCAUAUUGAAGUAGCUUCUGCCCUUUUGGAUUUAUCCUGCAAGGAAAAUCUCAACAUGCCAGUAUCAGAUCCAGAUCUACCCAUUGACUGUCCAUCAAAUGCAUCUCAGCAUGACAAUUGUCUGAAGAAAAUUGCUGAACUUCGCCUGGAAAAUAAACAACUUUAUUGUGAAUUAGAAAGACUUCAGGUGGAGAACAAAGCACUCAAAGAACAGGUGGGAAAGAGUUGCUUUGAGGAGCAAGUGACAGGGAGUGACCGCAAGCUACAAUUUCACACAGGAAUUCCCUUAGACUAA